CCGCUGCAAGCUCGAAAUCGCUGUAGUGAGAAGCUAGAGCGCCGACACCGUUUACAUUGCCAGUGCCAGCGAGUUUGAAGAUACCUGAACAAAAUAAGGAAUUUAGAGAGCCACAUUUGUCAAUCAGACAUUGAUUUGCAUAUCCACUCCCACCUCUUCCUCAUUUGCAUACAGCGAGAAUGGCGAGCGGGCACCCCACUGACAAAUACAGUUUCAUGUACCAACCAGACACGCACAAGAGUAAGAACAGAUUAUCCAGCAGUAUGAAUCCUGUCUACAGUCCUGGUCAGCCUGGAGCUCCCUACGGUAACCCCAAGAACAUGGCCUACACAGGCUACCCAGGAGGUUACCCCACUGCUGCUCCCACCUACACACCCAACCUCUACCAAACGGGUAGUCCAGGGUACCCACCAGGAUACACUACAGCGGGUACUCCAUAUAAAGUGCCCCCCACCCAGACGAACGGAGCCCCCCCGCCCUACUCCCCCUCCCCCAACCCCUACCAGACAGCCAUGUACCCCAUCAGAAGUGCCUACCCCCAGCAGAGCAUGCAGAGCAUGCAGAACCUGCAGAGCAUGCAGAACCUGCAGAACUUAUAUGCACAGGCGUAUUACACCCAGCCUGUGUAUGCUGCUCAGCCUCAGCCACAUGUAAUCCACCACACCACAGUGGUUCAGCCAAACAGCAUGCCCUCAGCCCUCUACCCCGCCCCGGUCCAAGCCCCUAGAAACAACGGAAUGGCUGCCAUGGGGAUGGUUGCCGGGACCACCAUGGCUAUGAGUGCAGGAACCCUGUUGACCACGCCUCAGCACGCUCAGCUGGGUGCUCACCAACACGUCACCAUGCCACAGUACCGGCCCCAGGGCACACCUGGUUACAGCUAUGUCCCUCCCCACUGGUAGACACCGCCCCCGAGAGAUCUCUGUUUCUCUGUGUCUGUCUCUGUCAUUUCAGAUCUCUGUUUCUCUGUGUCUGUCUCUGUCAUUUCAGAUCUCUGUUUCUCUGUGUCUCUCUCUGUCGUUUCAGAUCUGGAGUCCAACGUAUGCAACUACUCCAGUCUUACACGGGCUUCUUAUGGUCACCAUGGCAACCUCACAUCUGUCUGCAACAACAAAACUAAAGAGCAACGGACACUUGCUGCAUUCUGUAGUGUUUUAUAAAAGCUGCUUUUUUAUUUUUUUUACACAACAAUUAUUUUCUUCUUUGAUUUGCCAAUAUGUCAUUGCAUUACAUUGUUUUCUUUUGUUUGUUUUAUUUAUUUCAUUUUUAUUUUUUCAUCAUUUCAAUUUUUCCAUUGUCAUUGGAACUCCAGAGUGAUUGACCAAUCAUGGGUGUCUGUUGCUCUGCUUGUGGUCCGUGUUCUGUUGGUGUGUUCCAGAUCCAAUGGUGGGAAUGUACUGAACACUUCCUCCACCACCUUCAUCAUCAUCAAUUUAUGCUGCCAAAUUUUCUAACGAUUAGAUGUCAGCACAGGGUUUUGAUUUCAUUCAUUUCUAUUUGUUUUAACCCCUUAAUUUUCCUUUCCAACAAAGCACUGUCUUGGAACAGCAUACCUCUCUUUGUUCACCUCUGUUCUCCUUCUGAUCUUCAUCUUCCAGCUUCUAGCUGUUUCUUACAUAGAUCUGUAACAACUAGAUCCGCUGUCUGACUAGAUCCGCAACAUCUAGAUCCACUGUCUGACUAGAUCCGCUGUCUGACCAGAUCCGCUGUCUGACUAGAUCCGCUAUCUGACUACAUCUGUAACGUCUAGAUCCACUGUCUGACUAGAUCCACUAUCUGACUAGAUCUGUAACGUCUAGAUCCACUGUCUGACUAGAUCCACUAUCUGACUAGAUCCGCUGUCUGACUAGAUCUGUAACGUCUAGAUCCACUGUCUGACUAGAUCCGCUAUCUGACUAGAUCUGUAACGUCUAGAUCCGCUAUCUGACUAGAUCCGCUGUCUGACUAGAUCUGUAACGACUAGAUCUGCUGUGUGGCUGUAAAGACAUGGUAUGCAGCAUCACAAGGUCACAGUACUUACCAGUUACUGAAUUCAUCUCAAUAUAGAGGCCAUUUGUCAUUUAGCUUAAACCGAUAAAUUAUAAAAUGUGAAUAUAUUUAUAUAGCUGUGUGUACAGGAUGUGUGGUCAUGCACACAGUCACCCACAUACAUACAUACAUACAUACAUACAUACAUACAUACAUACAUACAUACAUACAUACAUACAUACAUACAUACACACAAAGUCAUACUUAAAGCAGGAUCACUUAAUGUCAAUCAAAUAAUCAUACAUGGAUUCAAACGUGUGCCAACACAGUUAAACACACACCUAUACAUAUGCUCUCUCUCUCUCUCACACACACCCAUACAUAUGCUCUCUCUCACACACACACACACCUAUACAUAUGCUCUCUCUCU